AUGAGCACACCGGAGGAUCCGGUAAUUCAUAGCCCUCCGUCGUCAUUGCGCAACGGACCGGCAACCGCUACAACUCAUACAACUACCACUUCUACAACUGGUUUUAACUCCACACAAAAUAUUACUCUUACUCGACAAGCUGCCAACACAUUACAGAUACCAUCCGCAGAUCAGCUUGAUCUAGUCGAUUAUUUUAUAGGAAUCAAACUGCAGCAAUCGGUAACAAUGAAUUUAAUGGAUGGAAGCCGUUUAAAUGAUAAUCGAACAAACGAUAUAUCUGUUGACUGUGGAUCACCAAUGCGUGAUAAUUCUUCUGAAGAAUCUCGUAGACGACAAAAAACUUGUCGUGUUUGUGGUGAUCACGCUACUGGUUAUAAUUUUAAUGUUAUUACAUGCGAGUCAUGCAAAGCAUUUUUUAGACGAAAUGCGCUCCGACCUAAGGAAUUUAAAUGUCCAUAUUCAGAUGAUUGUGAUAUAAAUUCAGUUAGUCGACGCUUCUGCCAAAAAUGUCGUCUUCGAAAGUGUUUUGCGGUUGGAAUGAAGAAAGAAUGGAUUUUAAAUGAAGAACAAUUGAGAAGACGAAAAAAUUCGCGUUUAAAUCAUAUGCAGUCGCGUACAAUGCAGAAUGGUGGAGUGAGUAGUGGAGGAGUUGGAAGUGGAACUGGUUCCACUUCCACCGCCAACACAAUGCUAGCCGCGAAGCAGUUAAUAAAUCGACAUUGCAUGGACCAACCAUUAGCUUCUGCGAACAAUCUUCAUGCGAUAAUAAGUCCGCCUGGAUCAAAUGUAUCAACUGUAUUGUCACCAUCGCCUGAUUCUCCAACGCAUAACAGCAUUAUUGGUUUACCUCAGUUCGAUUCAUCAGCUGAUGUUUACGAAUCAAAUAUGAUGCGAUUGCAACGGCAACAAGCGUUUGCAUAUGCUAAUUUUAAACGGAAUGGUGCUGGUUCAUCAGCACUUAACUCUCCAACAACACCUUCCACAUCAAUCUUACCCAUUAUUAAAAAUAAUGAACAGUUUGCUCUGAAAAGUGAACCACAUAUCACUAUGUCGAUUAAUGAAUAUCAGGCAUUGAUAAAAGCAGCAAAAGCCGGUGGAAUUCUUUUACCAUUAGAAACAUCAUCAGCUAGCACCACGACAUAUCAGUCACAACAACCAUCAUCAUCUUCUUCAUCAUCUUCAUCGAUACUACCUAAUUUAGAUGACGUUAAACCAUUAACAGAUUAUACAGAAUUAAGCGUUGCAACGGCUCAGCCUUCACUAAAAUUAACACCUGAUAUGGAGAAGAAAGUUAAAUAUAUCAGUGAUAUUAUACAUGAUGAGUUAAAUGUCGAGUCACCGGAAAUAAGCGAACGUGAGGCAUUAAAGUAUGCAAUAUUUCGGGAAGGCGAGCCGAAAUUAAAUUUUCAGUUGAACUCAGCUGAAUUGCGUGCACUUGAUAUCGUUCGUGAUGCAUUUGCAUGUAUGAAUGAACCAAUAGAAGAUCCUCGUAAAGCGGCUUAUCUUAAGAAAACCAAUCAUAAUCCAACCGAUAUAUUAAAUAUUAUGGAUAUAACGAUGCGAAGACUUGUUAAAAUGGCGAAGAAAUUACCAGCAUUUAAUGAUCUUUCACAGGAUGGCAAAUUUGCUUUAUUAAAAGGUGGUAUGGUCGAAAUGUUAACAAUGCGUGGUGUUACUCGAUUUGAUAUGGAUCAACAAUGUUGGAAAACACCAGUUAUAUCCGAUAAUUUUCAAGUACCGUUAGAGAUGUUUGAUCAGUUGAAAGAAGGCUUACGUGAUCAACAAAAAGAUGGAUUUCUUAAAUUUUGCCGUUCAUUACAUCCAGAUGUUCGAAAUAAUGAAUUAUUAAUCGAUCUACUUGUGCUAAUUGUUUUAUUUGAUGCGAAUAGGGACACGAUAAUCGAUUCAACUGAUAAAAUUAUUAUUUCGAGACACUGUCAGGAAUAUCAGGCAUUGCUUCAUCGAUACCUCGAAUCGAUGUAUGGUCAUGAAGCACGUGCUCGUUAUGAAAAUCUACCUGAAUCACUACGAAUUCUUCGUUUAGUAAGUCAAAAUGCGGUAACUUUAUUCCUCGGUCGUGUUGAUCUUAACGAAUCGGAAGCACUGCCUAAAGAAUUCUUUAAAACCUCUGAAUAA